UGCCUCUGUGUGGAGCUGAGCUGCGGCUGCCCUUGUGAAGAUGUCCACAACUUAUCCUGCCUAUUGACUUCUGCAUCACCUUAGUUACAUUUAACAAGGACAGAAUCGUGACAUGGCGUCUCAGUUCCUCAAGUACGCGGUGCUUCUUCAGAAGUACCGCACCCCCCUGCUGGUGGUGAGCUGUGGGGGGGUGUUUGCAGCCAAUAUGCUGUACCAUGUCUUCCCUGGCAAGUCCUACCGCCCGCUGUACCAGGCCUGGUACAAAGGAGAGCCGGUCACACUGUCGGAGAAGCUGGAGGGGGUUUUCCAGCAGGUGUUAAAGGAUUAUGGUAUCAGCUCAACCAAGAACUUUUCCUGCUUUGCCUCCUUCGGGUUCCAUCCUGUCGGCGCCGGUGUUCCUUGGCUCCCUGCAGGGGCACAGAUUGGAAUCCCAGCAAACUUCAACAGCACCACCGAUGACUUGAGUGGCAUCACCAACCGCAGCAUUUUCAUCAACGGCCAAACGGUGGACUGGAGCAGUGAUACCGGCUCUGCGCUAAAAGGAGCACUGGUGUUUUCCCCUGAGGCACAGAAGUUUGCCAUGGCACGGGAGGUGGCCCGUCUGCAGUCCGGAGGACCGGUUCUGAAUGCUGCUGUGGCCCCGGUCUGCCUGGGGGGGGUUUGGGUUUACAGUGUCCUUUUGAAGCAGGUGUUGGGGAUCCACGCCGGGCCCCUGCUGUUUCGCGGCGCCGCGAACGUUCUGGCGCUCGGCUUUGGUGCCGUGUCUUACCUCCUCACCUCGGAUGCUGUCAGCCAGUGGAUUGACUACAGCUCAGACAGACGUGCUGCCAGGUUGUCACAUGAUUAUGCCAAAGGAGGGGUAGAGUUCUAUGAUAAGAUUCUGAGCAGAAACAAAACUUUGCGCACUCUGAUGGGUCAGAAGGGAGAGGAGAUGUAUGCUUCCAGUGGAAACUUGUUUCCUGCUCACCUCCAUCGGCUGAAACACACAUCGUACACAUCGAGGAGGGACGGGAUCCUCUCUCUGCUCAACAAGGAGAAAGUUUGAAAGGAGACAGGAGGGGGGCUGUUGUGAUUAGAAUUAAUAAAUCAAUGUCUCCGGGGCUCACAGGAACAACUGUAUUGAUUAAUGUGAAUUGUAAAUGUCUCUGAAUAGACUGUAGAGACUUACAGGGGUCUCAAAGCUCUUUUUUAGAAGUAACAAACAGGCCAAAUAAAUUAUUAUGCUUCUC